UUACUGCUUGUCAGGCGUGAGAGAAAUGACGUAGCCGUUGUUGAUCAGCUGAUUCCGGUUGAGUGAUUUCCCCCAAAAUACAACAGAAUUUACCUGCGAAACGAGAUUUAACACCAAAACGGAGCAUAUCUUCUUCAAGUCGGACACUAUUGACAUGCUCCAUUUGGGCCGCCAUCAUGGACAAAAUUUUGGAGGGCCUGAUCAGCUCUGCUCACACGCUUCCGGUGAAGAAGGCCAUUGUGAAAAAGGUGGUGGAGGCGGCAGAGAAGGACGUGGCGGCGGAGGAGUGCCGGGCUCUGUUUGCUGUCACGACCCGCCUCGUCCUGCUGGGGGAGGACCCCUUCCAGAAGCAAGUGGGCUUCCAGGUCCUGGAGGCGUACGCACGCUACCACCGCUCUGCGUUUGAGGCGUUCUUCACCAAGGACUUUGUGCUGGGCCUGCUGCAGCAGGGCUACGAGCAGCUGGAUCACAAAGACCCCGCCGUGGUGGACUACAUCCACUGCGGCUUGCGGCUGCUCAUCAGUUGCCCCGCCGUGCUGGAGCUUUUCGCCGUGGUCCAGGUGGAGGUGCUGAGGAUGGUGUGCGAGCGGCCCGGGCCGGCCGCGUGCGCCCGUCUCGCCUCGCUGCUGUCGGACUUUGUGCAGUGCGUGCCCAGGGACAAGGGCGGCGUCCUGUUCUGCCAGCAGCUGGUGAGGACCAUCGGCUACUUCCACUGCCUGGCCAACCAGGAGCAGGAACUGGGCGAGUACGUGGCCCAGGUCACCAAGGUCAGCACGUUGCUGCAGAACAUCUGGAAGGCCGAGCCGGCCACGCUGCUGCCUUCCCUGCAGGAGGUCUUUGCCAUCAUUUCUUCUACGGACCCAGCGUUCGAACCGUCCAUCGCCUUGGCCAGUCUGGUGCAGUACAUCCCGGUCCAGAUGAUCACAGUGCUUAUUAAGAGUCUCACCACAGACCAGAAUGUCAAAGACGCAAACAUGACCAAAGCACUCUGCAGGAUGAUUGACUGGCUCUCUUGGCCUCUGGCCCAGCACGUGGACACCUGGGUCAUCGCUCUGCUCAAAGGCCUGGCCGCCGUUCAGAAGUUCACCAUCCUCAUAGAUGUCACUCUGCUCAAAAUUGAACUGGUGUUCAAUCGUCUGUGGUACCCCAUCGUGCGACCGGGGGCCCUCGCCGUCCUCUCCCACAUGCUCCUCAGUUUCCAGCAUUCUCCCGAGGCCUUCCAUCUGGUUAUUCCGCACGUGGUGCAUCUGGUGCAGUCGCUGCAGGCCGACGGGUUCCCCACCAGCAAAGCCUUCCUGCUGCAGUUCAGCGAGCUCGUGCACUGCAUGAUGUAUCAGUAUUCCGGAUUCCCUGAUCUCUACGACCACAUUUUGGAAGCCAUCAAGGAUCUGCCGAAACCAAGCGAGGAGAAGAUCAAGCUGGUGCUGAAUCAAAGUGCCUGGACCUCCCAGUCCAACUCUUUUGCCUCGGGACCGCUGAGGCAGGUCGGGAAGUCCGAGACUGGCAAAACGGGCCUGGUCAACCUGGGCAACACCUGCUUCAUGAACAGCAUCCUCCAAACGCUCUUCAUGGCCACAGAUUUCAGACGACACGUGUUGUCGCUGCGCCUGAACGGUUCCAGCACGCUGAUGAAGAAGCUGCAGAUGCUCUUUGCUUUCCUUGCACACACUCAGAGGGCGGCCUACGCUCCGAAGAACUUCUUGGAGGUGUCCCGCCCGCCGUGGUUCAAUGCGGGCUCUCAGCAGGACUGCUCAGAGUACCUCCGCUUCCUCCUCGACAGGUUACACGAAGAGGAGAAAACCAUUCAGGUGUUGGAAUCAAACAACCCAAGUGUUCCCACCGACGCCAUCGAUGCAAGCGGCAAAGAAGCGAGCGCUCCGACGUCCCCCGAAGAAGGCGAAGCUUCCGCUCCAAAAGUGGACGACGACGACAGACGGACCUUGAUUGAGAGGACUUUUGGCGGAAAACUCGUGACGGGCAUCCGCUGCACCCACUGCGACUGCGUCUCCGAGAAGGAAGAGCCCUUCACGGACCUUUCGCUGGCCUUCUGCCCCUCGCGGGGUGCUACCAAAUCCAACGAGUCCAAAUCGGACGAGUCCAAAGUGGUUUGCCAGGGCUCCGUCAACGGCGGCAGCGAGACCCCUAUGCCGGGGACCAAAGACCAAUCCGGACACGUCCACGGCCUGCCAGAGAACAACGAACCUCCCCUCACCGUGCCCGACCUGGUGGACUACUUCCUAGCUCCGGAGAUCCUGGAUAAGGACAACGCCUACUUUUGUGGCAAGUGCGGCAGCCUGCGAAGGGCAGAGCGAACCCUCAAGGUGAUGUCAGCCCCCGAGUACCUGAUCCUCACGCUGCUACGCUUCGCUUACGACGCCAAGUGCCACGUCCGCCGCAAGAUCCUGGACAACGUCACCAUCCCGCCGCGCCUGCGCCUUCCCGUGCACCGUCCCUCGGUGACUUUGCCGGCCCCGCCCCUGCAGCCCGCCUCUUCCCCGCCCCUGGUGGACUCCCCCGAGAGCAGCGAGAACCUGGCCAAGAAACUCAAACCCUCCCGUCGAGACGAGGAAGUCCAGUCGGUGCUUUACGUGCUCAGCUCCGUCGUGAUGCAUUCGGGCGUGUCGUCCGAAAGUGGACACUACUACUCCUACGGCUGCGACAGCACAGCGGAAGGGGACGCCGUCCGUCAGGAGGACUUGAGUCAAGGGGAGCAAGUCCGGGAGGGUCCGAGCGCUCAAGGGGGCGGCACCUCUGCGCCCACCAGCGACUGGCUGCUCUUCAAUGACAGCAGAGUGACGUUUGCCUCCUUCCAGUCGGUGCAAAACAUCACCAGUCGCUUCCCCAAGGACACGGCCUAUGUGCUCAUGUACAGGAAACAGGAAGUGGCCGGGCAGGCCUCCAUUAAAGGCCCGACGGCCCGCGGAAUAAGGCAGAGGGCCGAGCCGCCGUUGCAGAAAGAACUGCUGGAUGCCAUUAUCAAGGACAAUAAGUUGUAUCUACAGGAACAAGAGCUGAACGCUCGGACUCAGGCUCUGCAGGCGCCGUCUUCUUCCUGCUCCUUCAGGCCCAACGGCUCAGAUGACAACAACCCGCCUGGGAGUUGCGGACCGUCUGGAGGGGGAGGGGGAGGAGGAGGCUUUAACACCAUUAGUAGACUGGUCUUUUAAAGCUAAGCACACAAUGCUAACAAGAGCAGGGGUGGGGGUGUCUUUUUAUUAUCCUCAGAGGGACAGAUAAAAGGGUAUCGAAGCUGUAACAGGUGGAACGGUGCGAGUGGAUCAUGUAAAAAACAAAGAUGGAUACAUUUAGCCGUAUAGCAAUGUUAAGAGGUGUAGACAGCUUUACAGAUGCCGGCUCUGAAGGUCCGUUGAACGGUGGUGCCUUGAGAUACAAGUGACCCAAUCUUUCCUUUUCUCCAGAUAUAGACGCUGUCAUAACUUGAAAAUUAAGCAUCGAGCGGUGGCAGUCAAAUGAAUUCAACUCACUCGAAAAGCAGCCGGAGUGCUUCAAACUGUAAUGCCACUCCCAGUGGACAUUUACAAAGUAAACAUAAAACACGUGUGUUCUUAAAACAACUAAAUAAUGUGACCUAACGGCUCGUUAGCUUUGUCAAAGAAACCGUCAAUGUUUGCACCACGACAUUAUGUACAGUACUGCCUCCUGGUGGCCAAGGUGGGGACAGCACAAGGAGCAGCGUACUGAAUCGGAUUGAAGCAGAAACUAAUAAAUUAUUUACUAUUCUUAACUAAAUACUUAACUAUUUAGAUGUCAUUGUGUUUUUGUUUCAUACAAUGUUACUGAAUCCUAGCGCUUAUUGAUUUUUUUUGGGGGGGGGGGGGUGCAUCAUUCGCAUUUCCACUCAUUUCAAUGGGGAAAGAUAAUUUGACACAAGCAUGUGUGGUCCUGGAAUGGAUUUCUUAUCUCAAGGUAUCACUGCAUUAUGCGCUGAGAAUAUUGCCCACCCCUGGCAACAAGCACUGAAAAGCUCCUUGAGGACUGAAAGUGUUGUACACUGUUCAAGUAUUUUUAAUUUAUUGAGAUUUUGUUUUGGUGACAUUUAUUUUCUUUCAAUUAAGGUUCAAACAAAAGAAAAAUAUGCUGUUUGAGCCAUGCAUUAUGAUACAACUAGCAGAACCUCCAAAGUGGAAAGCAAGACUGAAUCACACAGGACUAUUUGUAAUUCUAAAAGUUUGCUAAUGUAUUAGCAUGUAGCUAUGUUCCAUUUUGGAGGUUCCACUUCUCAUCUGCAUGCAUUUUGAUCAUUGGCGUGUUUUAUUUUUCCAAGCUGAUUGAUAUAUUGGGCAUUUGAUAACUUUAAUAUCACAUAUAUGCAAUAAAUCAAUUUGUCUUAAAAAGA